CUGACGUGCUUGCCCACGGAGCCGUUUCCUGCCUGGUCAGAGCCCAUGGCUGGCAGCAGGAUGCUGGAGCGCUGGCUCAAUGAGGCCACUGACCCGAGUAUCUGUGAGGAAAACUGGGAAUGCAUCCAGCGGUUCUGCGAGCAGGUGAACGCUGACACGGAGGGCCCGUUGUCUGCGCUGAGGCUGCUGGCACACAAAAUCCAGUCCCCUCAGGAGGGGGAAGCUCUCCAUGCUCUCACAGUGCUGGAGACCUGUGUGAACAACUGUGGUGACAGAUUUCACAGUGAAAUGGCAAAAUUCAGGUUUCUGAAUGAGCUGAUUAAAGUGCUUUCCCCAAAGUACUAUGGAAUUUGGUCUUCAGAAGAAGUCAAGUCGAGGGUCACAGAAGUGAUAUUCAGUUGGACAGUCUGGUUUCCUCAGGAAGUCAAAAUCCAGGAUGCUUAUCAGAUGCUGAAGAAACAAGGGAUUGUAAAAGAAGAUCCCAAACUGCCAGAAGACAAAAUUUUACCUCCCCCUUCUCCAAGACCUAAGGACUCUAUUUUUGACACAGAUGAAGAGAAGUCCAAGCUCCUGGCCAGGCUUCUCAAGAGCAGCCACCCCGAGGACCUGCAGGCUGCAAACCGCCUGAUCCAGAGCGUGAUUAAAGAGGAACAAGAAAAGUCAGCUCAGGUGUCCCGAAGAGUGAACACCAUCAGAGAGGUUUCUGAGAAUGCCAGACGUAUGGAGGAGUUACUGGAGAGCUCCAGGAGACAGGAAUUAUCCCCAGCUGACCAGGAGACCCUACAGGCUCUGUGCCAGCGCUGUGAGAAGCUCAGGCCACUGCUCUUCCGCCUGGCCAGCGAGGCAGUGGCUGAUGAGGACGCUCUAGCUGAGAUCCUGCAGGCCAGUGACCAGCUCUCCUGGGCUCUGGGGCAGUGCAGGCAGGCUGUGGCCAGCCAGGAGAGCGGGGAUGGAGCAGCUUCAGCUGCCAGCUCUGCCCAUGCACCAGGGUGCCCAGCAGCCCCACGGCGCAUCAAGAGCUACACCCUGAUGGACUUCUCUGAGCUGGAGGCCAUGACCCAGAGCCCCCCAGAGCCCCUGGCAGACACACCCCCAGCCUCCCAACGCCACGGCAGCACAGCCUCCAGCUGCCUGCUCGAGGAGGAGUUACAGUCCUUAGGUCUCAGUGACUCCCCUGUAAUACAGAAGCCACCACCUGAUUUUGGCCUAGCAGAGCCUGCUGUGCAGAAUGGAUUUAAGGAAAGUGUAAGUGCUGUUCAAACCCUGGGACCACAGGAGAGUUGGGCAGACAGCUGUGCAGGGAAGAGUGAGUUCCAGAGCCUGGAUGAGCAGCUCUCUCCAGUAUCCAGGACUAAGACAUUCUCUUUGGAUUUGUCACCAAUGAAAUUGCCCUUUCCAGAUCUUCCAAAUAAUGCAGUGGCAGAUCCUCCCUUCCUCAGUCCAGGCUAUGAGCUGAACCCUGCUGCCUCUUUGCAUCCAGCUUCCUAUGAUGCUUCUCUAGAAAACCUUUUUGUGCCUUUAAUUUCAGUUACACCAAGCACCAUCUGUCCACUCACUGUGUAUGACAGGGAUGGUUUCAAGGCCAUGCUCCACUUCUCCAGAGACCCGGCUCCCGGCCGACCAGACGUGUUGGUGAUGGUCCUGUCCAUGCUGAGCACCUCAGCGCACCCCAUUAAGGACAUAGUGUUCCAGGCUGCAGUCCCAAAGGCCAUGCGAGUAAAGUUACAACCAGCCUCUGGUUCUGAGCUGCCAGCCUUCAACCCUCUCCUCCCGCCUGCAGUGGUGUCCCAGGUGCUGCUGCUCGCCAACCCACACAAGGAUCCCAUCCGACUGAGGUACAGACUGCAGUUCACACAGGGUGUGCAGCCCUGCAGUGCCGUGGGAGAGGUGACUGGCUUUCCAGAAGCAGAGCUCUGGGCCAGGAGCUGAAGUGCCCCUGGCUCGGACACUGCCGUGCUUCCUUCGCCACCCAGGGGCAGGGACUGGGGGGCAGCAGUACUGUAACGACACCCUGUAAGGACACUUUUUCUGGGGAUCUGCCACCUCCUUCCUCCCUUUUGUGCCUGGCAGGAUGAGUGUGUACUGGCUGCUCCUGCCCCCGCCUUUCUCUGGAGCUGAGCCUGUGUCACAGGAGCCAGCUGGGCACCACCGCAGCCUCCGUGAUUCUGCCUGCACACCUUUCCUGCUGCUUUCUGCGUCAUUUCCCCUUCACUUUUUGAAUUAAAAAAAACCAAACUACACCAAAGAGAAACCAAAACCCAAAAAGCGAAUCUACACCUGCAUUCGUCCCCGUGCCGCCCUUUUCCCGGAGCCGAGAGCACCGGGAGCGGUGGGAGGGAGCAGGGCUGGGGGCGGCGGGGAGCGACGGGGCCGGGCACGGAGCCUGCGGAACCGGCUUUGAGCCGGACACCGCCCCGGGACCGGGCGCACAUCGGCACGGUUCUCCCCGCACACAGCCCCGGGACCGGGCGCACACCGGCACGGUUCUCCCCGCACACAGCCCCG